AUGUCGAACAACUCCCUCUUAUUUUCAAUAAACAAUGAAGGAAAGGUUUAUGCUCUUUCAACAAACGGGUCCUGUUGGAGGGAGUUUAUGUAUUUAGGUUUAGAGUUCAAAACUUUGUCAGCUGUUCCACAUUUUCUUUGGGCAGUCGGUGGAGACCGCCAAAUAUAUUUACACGUUCACGGUUUAGAGAUACCAAUAAGAGUUAAAGAAGAGUCUUACGAAAAUGAACGUUGGCUUCCCUUAGAAGGAUUCAGUUCAAGACUAUUACCAACUGACCGCUACCACUUUUCUUCACAAGAUGGUACGAAAGAUAGAUCUAUUGAUGGCAUUCGUUUGCCAUCAAUGGCGUGGCAAUGGGAGGGAGAUUGGCAACUAGAGUUGACUUUAGAUGGUCAACCACUGGACCAUGACGGUUGGUGUUACGCAGUUGAUUUUCCGGCUCAGUUUGGUCCAACUAAGCAAUGGAAAUCUUGUGUUCGAAGAAGAAAGUGGAUAAGAUACAGAAAGUUUAGUGCUAUGAAUUCUUGGUGUGCUAUAGCACCACUACAUAAAGAUCCAACUCAAGAACCCUUUAUUGAUGUAAGUAUUGGUGGAAAUCAAAUACCAUAUGCUGCUCCAGGCACCCUCUCCGUAUGGGCGAUUACAGCACAAGGUAGAGUUAUGUAUAGAUCAAAUGUGAGUGCUACCUCCCCAGAAGGAUUAAAAUGGAUAAAUGUAAGCAUUCCACCAAACUGUGAUAUCAAACAGAUCUCAGUGGGUCCAACAGGUCUGGUUUGGGCAUUAUUGUGGUCAGGUAGAGCAAUAGUACGAAAGGGUGUUACCAAAGAUUGUCCAACUGGUGAAGCUUGGCUUGAAGUAAAAUCCCCCGAAGAGACAAAAUUAACAGUAGUUUCUGUUGGAUAUAAUGUUGUUUGGGCAGUAAGCUCUGAUACUAGAGUAUGGUUUAGAAAGGGAGUUGAUGGAAAUGCCUGUGGAAGUUCUGAAUUGGCAGCUAUGGGGAGUGGAUGGUUAAAUAUUAAUGGAAACAUGAUGCACAUAUCUGUUGGAAUUAAUGAUCAAGUAUUUGCAAUUGGUGGAUCAAACAAAAGUAUUUAUUGGCGAAAUGGUAUAACACCCAAGGAAUUAUCUGGUAAAAGAUGGAGAAUGGUGCAAGCAAACAUGCAAGUCAGUAGAACUUCUAGUGCUGCUAGCAUUGUAUCAUCUGCAUCAAACCAAAAACACUUGAGUUUAAAUUUACUUAAUGAAACUGUGCCUGAGCUUAAAUCAAACAUAAAUUUGCGCAAUUCGUGGGAAGAGUCGCACUCAGCUCCAAUAGAAAACACCCUUCCAUUAAAGCCUUCAAAAGAAUUAAAACAAAAAACAAGUGCCAAUAUAGAAAAUAUUGAUUUGACUGGGAAAAGCUAUGAGACAACUUUAAAAAAUCCAAGAGCAUGGAGUCCUGUCCGAAGUGUUGGUUCUGUUGUAGGAAUGGAAGCUCAGCCCGACAGUGACAGUAGUGUUUUUGAUAUUGAUUCAGGUAUGUUUUUUGAUGAGGAGGUCAGCCAAACGGCGUGGGGUACAUGUGACACAGCUUGGAGUUUUGUUGAAGCUGGUGCAUGCUCUGUAGACUCAGUACAACCUCCUCAUUGGUUUAGUGAUUCCCAGAAUAGCCACAACACCGAUAUCACAGCUAAAUGGAGAUUGCAAAUAUUAGAUGAGUUAAAACUCAGAAGUAAUUACAAUAUUGAUCUUACAAAGUUUGGCAUAGCUAUUGAAGAGAAAGGUUGGACCCGCAGCUGUGAAGCAAGAUUAGUCAAUACUAAUAACAUUUGUGAAGAGUGUAUUGUAUCUCUUUAUUGGCACUCUUCAGAAAAUACAGGUACUCUUUCAGUAUUCCAAUCGGAUGGAACUAUAAAGUUUAUAUUUAAUCUGGGUGAGGUUACUAGUGUAACUACAUCAUCAGAACCAGGCAGUCCUCGAAUUUCAUUAACUAUACCAACACAAAGCUCUCAGGUGUUGAAAAUUCAAUUUAUAUCAGAAAUGGAACAAGAGGAAUGGCUUAAUGUGUUAGUUGAUAUCACAACACAAAUUCAUGGACUUUCUGGAAGGCCAUCGAUUAGCUCAGUUUGGGCAGUCACAAAUACUGGUGAUGUUUUAAAUUGGGAUCCUGCACCGGCUCAAUUGACUGCAGAAAAAGAUGCUGGUUGCUACACAAAGGAGAUUCAAGUGUUUGGAAAGGAUAUACAAAAAGGAUAUACAACUACUUUGCAUAAUAACUUUCCACCUGGCAGUAUUUUAAAUGUGACAGGCUGUUUAAAUGAUGACAUAAAUAGAUUCCAUAUCAAUUUGCAAGGGCCGGAGAUACAAAAACAGAGGCAUAGAAUUGAGAACGAAGUGACUGAAAUACCAUUUCAUUUUAACAUGCGUUUUGAUGAGGGUGUAGUUGUUUGUAAUACAAAGAUAUCUGGUCUUUGGGGAUCUGAGGAACGUUAUCAGCUACCUAUUUCCCCAGGCCAAGAAUUUUCCAUAAAAUUCCUAUGUGACACUGUUGGUUUUACAGUGACUGUCAAUGACAAACAUUUUUGCACUUUUAAACACAGGUUGAGUCCUGAAAACAUAACGUCGGCGCAUGUGUUAGGUUCAUUAAAGUUAUUUAGUAUGGAGUAUUCUUCAACAAGUGUUAUUAUUGGACCCGAUGAAAUGUUUUGGAAAAUGAUAGGCGGUUAUUUACGCAAAGUAGAAACCUGUGCAAAUACUGUAAUUUGGGGAAUAUCUCAUGAUCAUAGAGCAUGGGUGUAUACAGGUGGUUGGGGUGGAGGUUCAUUAAAAGGUCUUGGAAGUAAUGACGGCAUUCAUGCAAUGUUAGACACCCAAACAUAUUGUGUCUAUGAAAAUCAAAGGUGGAACCCUUUGUCUGGAUAUACAUCAACUGGCUUACCGACAGAUCGAUACAUGUGGAGUGACAUAACUGGCAAGCAUAAGAGAACUCGUGAACAUACAAAACUAUUAAAUCGCCAUUGGCAUUGGAUUUCAGAAUGGAUGAUUGAUUAUAGUACUCCAGGGGGUGUGGAUAGCGAUGGUUGGCAAUAUGCAACGGAUUUUCCAGCUCCCUAUCAUGGAAAAAAGAUUUUCACGGAUUGCGUAAGACGACGUCGCUGGUACAGAAAGGCUCAGAUACACACAGAAGGACCAUGGAUACGUGCGGGAUCUACGGCCUUACUUGACUUUUCUUUAUGGUCUAAUGAUAAGGAAGUGUCAGUUUGGGCAGUAACACUUGGUGGUGAUGUCAUUUAUAAAACAGGAGUCACUGCAAUGACACCAGCUGGAACCCACUGGGAACAUGUAAACAGUCCUCAACCAUUAGUUUCCAUAAGUAUAUGUAACAACAUUAUUUGGGUGGUGGGCAGAAAAGGCGAAUUGUAUUAUAGAGAAGAAGUUACCAAAGAGAACCCUGGUGGGUCGAAUUGGAAGUUAAUUGAAGCUCCUAAAUCAAAUAUAUCUAGUGGUUAUAAAUCAGGAGUAGGGGCAAAAUUAGUGUCUUUGACUUCAAAUUCUGCCUGGAUUCUUCUAACAAAUGGGAGUCUUGCUGUUAGAACAGACAUUUCCCGGUUACAACCAGGAGGAAAGCAUUGGAAAUAUUUAACAGAUUGUGAUACCACGUACAAACACGUAUCGUGCAAGGACCAAGAAGUAUGGGUGGUAAGGAGCGAUGGAUCUCUACAUAGGAGACUGGGUCUCACGACGGAUAAUGUUUUAGGUGUAGCAUGGCAGCCGAUUCUCAAUAUUCCGCUAGUUUACGUUUCAGUUAGAGGCGCAUCAUAA